AUCGAGUAAAGAAUUUUGUUAUUAGCGAGCAGCGUUUUCUUGAAUACCGAAAACUUUUGACUCUGUAGCUUCCAUGCUCUUCUAUGCCCUCUGAUCUCUUACUUUCUUUUUUAAACUCGGUUACUGACAAGAUCUAGCAGUAGCAGACGGAUCAGGAAGGUGACGAGUCUUCCACUUCCACUUUUAUUUUUAUAACGUAUAAUAACGUAUAAAGUUGGUAGGCCUAUGGUUGCAAGUUUUUAGCGUGCAUUCUAAGAUUGCAGAAUUGUUCUGACAUGAACCAAGCCCUUUGUUGAACUAUGGCAUCGGAGGGAGAGGUCCCCAGAUCAGGAGGGGUUGAGCCAUCUAGAGAUCAUGUUUCUCAGCCAGAGAGUGAACCACUUCAGUUCAACGUCGAUGAAGACAGUCUGUCACCAGAUGCUGCCAAGGUUGUCAGCUCUAUCAAACAGCUGGCAGAGUCAGUGUUGUUCCACUGGAGGUCUUUCCCCAUCGUCCUCCCGGACUCCAUCACCGAGAGGAGAGCGGCUGAAGCUUUGAGUGGCAACGGAGAGAACCCUGGUGUGGUGCAGUUCCGGGAUCUAUUUAUAGCCCCAAUAUUUGAUGAGCUGGAGGCAGUGGCGACUGGGACUGAUGGCUCACUAAAGAAACUGGACAAGGAACAGCUCAAAAUGAUACAAGACAAAGGUGAGUUUGAUGUGGCCAGCUUGAACUUCCCCGGACAGACACACCGCUGGAGACUCAGUAUGUUGCUGCAGAAGGGUUCAGAGAGGACAAACAAGUCCUUCCUGGCAGACAUGUCGAAAGCUCUCUCGCUGCUCAUCAUCACCGCCCGCAACAGGUUCUGCUCGGGAUUCUUCAGCGUCACUGAGGCUGCACGGGGUUGGGCCAAUGGUUUGCGGAAUUUGCUUGACAUUGUGAUUGGCAUGCCUUCAACAACGCCUGGCGACCUUCACCAAAAGCUGCAGUUGGAACGUAUGCGUUACCUCGUGGCUGAACUGGACAUUAAGCCGAGUCUGAAGCGAGAGCUGAGCACGUACUGUGAGUAUGUGAAGGAUCAGUGUCAGAUGCUGGGAGCGAACAAACACAAGACUACAGACCUGAGACCCCCACCCAUUCCCUACAGGUACCAGACCCCAAAGGGUCAAGACAUUGACCUUCGUCUCUUCAACAAAGACCUGAUGAACAACAGCAUGGGUAUCCUGUCCAACAUCCUUGAUCGUCAGGCCAAAGGCUGGCACGUACAGAUGAGAGCAAAGCUCAUACGUCACUACCAAGGUCAAGGAAUGUCCAAUGAAGAAAUUUCCAAGCAUGUCAGUGAAGACAUCAUGAACCAUUAUCUGGACAAAGUGUUCACUGCUGUGGCUACCAAUGCUGAACUGGACGUUCUGCAGCCUGGACUGGGUCAAGUCUUGGUGGACCAGGCUAAAGCAGUUCUGGUGAUGGUCAAGGCUCAGGCUAGCCUCCAGCAGAAAAUGGAGCAGCACAAAGAUCAGCUGACUGCCCACUUGCGUAAAACACAUCCAAUUAAAUCUCGAAUCAGCACAUGGAUGGAAGAACAGCUGUGUGCCUUUGAGCGUGACUUUGCCCGCCAGCAUCUGUGGACGGCCCACGAGGCGGCCAUCUCUAUGUGUGAGGAGGAACAGCUGCAUCAGUCCGUCUACUUCCUGCGGAGAGACCUCAACUUUAUUAAGGAGCGUGAGGCAGUGCUGAGAAAGGAGCUGGGCAGAGUGAAGAUCCCCACACGAGAGUUCACCUUCUCCACUCGUAUUUGGCUUCCUAAGAAUUGGGUCAUCACACGCUUGAACUUCUUGGGCAGGUCGGAGGUCAUUCCCACAGUUAUUCGUGCUGAAGAGCCAGCGGACACAAGUCCAAAAGACCUGGACACUUGCUUCACGGUGCAGAAGACAAAGGCCUGGGUGACGAGCACCCGCUACCCGUUCUGGCGCUGGUGGAACUUCCUGCACAGAGCCUGGGCAUGGACUUGGAACGUUAUGUUUUUCUUUGGGAUUGUUAUCCCUUGGGCCAGUCCGGUCAGCCUCAGGGCUUUGGUGUGGCCAUCCUCUUUUGUGCCGGACAAACAGCUGUCGCAGAGAGAUGGUGCUCUGUAUCCAAGGGAGUCGUCACGCACCCACACGUUGUUGAGCCGACUGAGGGCAUUGUGGGCCCAUGUCAGGAGGUCCCGGGCUGACUUUGAAGCAGCUCCAGAUCGAGGUUUCCUGGGCAAAAGUCUCACUCGUCACUUCAACCGCUUCUGGAACUUUGUGGUCAAAGGGGCGCUGGGCAGCACACUAGUGGUGCUGGUGUUCCCUGUGCUGUGCCUCGGUGUGUCCACACUUUCGCUGAUUGCUGCUGUUUUGUCUCCAGUUUGGGUCCCGGUGGGCACACUGCUGGCUCAUCUGCUUUUCUUCCUUAUCUUCGACCUGGACAACCCAUGGCCCGAGAAGAACCGUUGGUUCAUCCUGUUUGAGGCUGUCAUCUGGAACCUUCUGCUACAGGGCUGUGUGCAGCCUCUCUCAGCGUUGCUGGUCGGUGUGGUGGCUUGCCCCGUAGCAUCUUUGGCUGUCUGUCUGUUUGGCGUUGUACGCAGUGGACUGCGUCUGAUCUGGGAUGCUUUCAUGUUUCACGUGAUCAUCAAGAGCCGUGGCCGAGUGCCUUCCAGUGAUGGCUUUGUGGCCAGAAGGAUCUCUGGGCCAGGCCUGGCCUCCAACUACUUUUUCCAGAUCCGUCCAGAGCAGGCGUUGGCGGCAGUGGAGGCCCGGGCAGAACACGAUGAGCUGGAGGCCUGGAGGGCACAGAUGAUGGAGGUCAUUGAGAGACCCAAGGAAACUUACAAGCAAUUCGUGGAGCAAUGCUUCAAGCCGUUCUCUGCAUCCCUCACCGAGCAAGGCAUUUACCUGCAGCUCAACAGGGAGACCACCGAGUACAUCUCGGACCUACGGACCCAAGCCAACCAGCGAGAGGUAGUCCUUUACACAGGUCUGAACCCAGAUCUACAACGCAGAAUCAAACUGGCUGAGGCUGACCUCAAGUUAACCAUCUUGUACACGUCACGUCUGCUGGAGGAAUUCUACCCUGAGCACGUGAUCCGACGAAUGAAGCACAGUGAGGAGGACUUCUGGGAACAGCUGGACCUGGAAUUCAGGGACUGGAGAGGUUUUGCCAUGAAGAAACUGAAGGAGAUCUUUGCCCCGUCUUUCCUGGUGCCUUUGGAGGAGACCGACAACUCCUUCCAGCUUAAGGUGAAUCAUUUGAACGUAAAACGUUAUGCUGACAUGCUGGCCACAGCUGAGAUCCAUGAUGACCUUGACCUUGUAGUGGAACUACACACCCCAGAGGGUGACAUCAAUGUGUCUGGUCCCUACCUGAAUGUGACGUAUUUUGACCCCAAGAAGAAACAGACAAUGGGCAGUCUGCGACCUUUGCCCUCCAGAUGCGGUGGUGCUGACUGUAUGGGUGGAAAUGGGCGGGGCCGUGUGGAGCUGGACAAACUGGAAGUUCCUCUGCCCAUCCCUCACCCGGCCGACAUUGCCGUUGCCAUCUACAACAGGGAAAAUGACCAGGACCCCAUUGACCUGAAUGACCGAAGCUGCCAGCGUGUGGUGCGCGCCACCAAAGAGGCUGUGAGCAGUGCCUCCGCCCCCAAGGACUCGCCGUUGAAGCGUCGUGUUCGGGUUGCAGACAGAAAGAAAGACGAGUAGUGGUCCUAGUCCUAGGAAUGCUCUCCUGGAAUGACCAUCAUGCUGAACUUUGAUGCAGGAAUAACUGGACUGGUCUACUUUCUGUCAUGGAAUUUCCUUGACAUACAUGUAUAACUACAUGUUCUUUCUUUUGCUUGUGUUCUUGGAUUUUCUGAUUUAAUGUUUUAAUGGGAAUUUUGUAUUUUCCCUGCUUUUUAUUUCUUGCUUGCUUUUUGUCAACAUCUUUGUGGAUGUGACCUAGCUUUGGUAGGUGAAAGAGACUUUUCUACACAAGUCCAAAUGGGAUUCUUCUAUCAGUAUUAUAAUUGUCUCAUUUAUUACUGAUGUGGUAGCUUUUUUUCUGCAAUAUUAUGUAUCAUUUUUUCCUUUUUAAAGCUGAUAUAGUUUUGCUUUGUAUUUCGUUUUAUAUCCACUGCAUCCAACAGCGAGUCAGAGACUUGCUCAAAGAGUGUAUGGCUUCUCAUACACCAUAUUUGGAAACGUUUUUUGGGAUAUCAUAAAGUCUGACUUUGGUUUUUUUCAUUCUUCUGAUUUUGCCGAAACAAUGUCGAAAGAAGGUCAAAGUCACGUCCAUACACUAUUUUUUUUUUUUUUUUACAGAAUGUCACUUGUCUUGCGGUUUCAAUAAAUCCAUUUUCCAAUAAUGUUUACAGUCCACAGAAAGAUCCUUUUUUGAAUCUCGUUGUGGAUGUUAUGU